AUGGUGGAGCAGUGGGCAAAGCACAGCAAGGCCGAGAAGGAGACGUUCCAGUACAUCUCCAAGUUCACCAGGGAUUGCCCCAACUGCGAAACCGUUACUGGUAUGUUCUUCCCGCGCGAUUGGCUAUGCUUGAUGGCAUCAAAGCUGACUUGGAAUCGUGCUGGCAGCAACUUCAUGUUCUGCUGGGUCUGUAUGCAAGACUGGAGCACCCACAACUUCUUCUAUUCCUGCAAUCGAUUCGAUCCCAAGGCCAAGAAGAAGGCCGCCUCCAGCAAGCCCUCUUCUUCGCUCCUCGCCGCCGCAAACGCGAGUGAACUGUUCAGCCACCACUACGAACGGUUCACGGCCCACGACCGCGCCCGUCACUUCGCUGCACAGAUCAAGGCAGCGACCCAAGAAAAGCUGCGCCAGCUCCAGGAGGCUGCUUCGCGCUUGGCCGCGUCACAAGGCACGCAGAGGGACAGGCACAGCGAAAAUCUGCUCUUCGCGUCGGUCAACGAUGCCGCUGCCCUCGAAAACGACUUUGUCCAAUCGUGCAGGCGAUUGCUCAAGUACUCCUAUGUGCUGAGCUUCGUCAUGGCCGACGAGGUCAAGGCCAACAAGAAGCUGACGAAGAAGCAAGGCGCCUCCACGCAUUCCGUGGCGGCCGCUGAGCCCCAGACCGCCAAACGCCAGAUGCCCUCCAAGGAGCUCUUCGAAUUCCUGCAAGAGGACCUGGAGAUCGCCACCGAGAAGCUGUCGGAGGUGCUCGAGGGCGACCUGGUGGCGGCUUCGAGCGCCGGCGAAUCUGACAGUGAGACCACUGUCGGCGCCGACGCCGCGCAGCAGUUCUUCGCCAAGGUGUCGCGUAAGCGAGCCGACAUCAUGUCGGCCAUGAAGAUCGCGCGGCAGCGUAUGCGCGGUCUUACCGACCUCAUCGACCGGGAAUUCGUGCCCGAGGAGGAUGAGGAAGACACCAGGGGCCGCAAGGGGCGCAAGGGCGUCGUGGGCGGUCUUCAUCCAUCGUCUGCGGCAAACAAUGUGAUCUGCAUCGGCGAGUGGUCCUACCCGAUUGGCACGCCGAUGGCACUGCCCGCCCCCACGACCGGCACUGCCGCAUCUGCCGCAAAGGCUUCCGAGGCCGAACUCCAGAAGUGGCGGGACCAAGGCUUUACAGUUCUGGACCCUCGCGAGAACACAGAUGACGCGACCGAGGAGAAGGGCUACGGCGCGGAAGACGACGACGAGGAGGAGGGCGACUUCGAGUACAUCCCCGAGAAGAUCUUGAAGAAGCGUGUGCGCAAGGAUGACUUCGGCCGACCGCAGCCGCAGUACCUGGUCAAAUGGAAGGGCGUGCCGGCAUCGGAAGCCUCCUGGGUGCCCGGCACCGAGAUCGAGUGCAUCAAGCUCGUAAACGCGUUCGAGAAGGAGAAGCUCGAGAAGGCCAAGGCCAAUGUGGCCCGGGCCAAGGGCCAGGCUGCCGCUGACGCUGAAGAGAAACCCGCACCCAAGAAGAAGAAGGUGAAGAAGGAGAAGGAGGAUUUGGACAAAAAGUCGAAGAAGGGCAAGGAGGCUGAACUCGAACGUCUGCUGGAGGAGCAGAUCAAGUUCAUCAGCAAGCAGAACAUGACCUCGCUCCACCUGCUGUCCGAAGCCUCCCUCAAGAACAAGUCCGAAGAAUUCAUCGCCGAGUACUACAAGAACAUCAAGGAGCAAACGGGACUCAUCUUGUCGUGGGGUGCCAACUCUGACGGCGUGCUGGGCCACACCGGAGGGAUCGAGCAGCUGUGGCCACUGGCCAUCGAGUCCCUCUCCAGUGUGCAGGUCAAGAUGGUGGCUGCCGGCGAGUUCCAUUCGCUGUGCCUCACUGAAAACGGCGAGGUGACUAGCUUUGGUCUGAACGACCAGGGCCAGUGCGGACAGCCCAUCACCAAGAUCGCCGAGUCGUCCGAUCUGGCUGCGGUGGCCAGACCGCGACCCAUCGUCCUCCCUGACGACCUGCGCAAGAAGACCGUGGUCAGCAUCGCGGCCGGCGGCUACCACUCGGCCCUGGUCACCGCCGACGGCGAGCUCUACACGUUCGGCAGGGGAGGCGAGUUCCAGUUGGGCCACGACACGGUCAUGGCGCUGGGCGAGGGCGGCAACGCGCUGCACUACCGCUCCAACUCCGCCCAGACCUCCUACUUCCAGCCCAAGCCCACCCGCCUCUCGGCCUUGAACGGGCAGGUGGUGAAGCAGGUGGCGUGUGGUCGGUUCCACUCGGCUUGUGUGACGGAGGAGGGCGCGCUCUACACGUGGGGUCGCGGAGCCAACGGUCAGCUGGGUCACGGGGACAUGACCGACCAGGCCACCCCCAAGCGGGUCGAGGCCGGUAUCAAGGACAAGAUCAUGGUCAAGGUGGCCUGCGGCGAGAACCACUCGGCCGCCGUCGACAGCGCCGGCGUCAUCUACACUACCGGAGGGGACGAGAGCGGGCAACUGGGCAAGGGUGAUGAAUGGAUCUGCGCCACCCACGGCGAAGGGUGUACGGGCAGCGGGUGGAGCUGUCAGGAGCGCAUCCCAACAUUCCUGAGCAUCCUCUCGGUGCGGCACGUCCAAUUUGUCGAUAUUGCGUGUGGCCACGGCUUCUGCGCCGCCAUCACCAACAGGGGCCUGCUCUACACCUGGGGCAAGGGAACGGCGCUCGGUUUGGGUCCGUCUGGAGACGUGUCCGAGCCCACGCAUCUCAGCUCCAUCGACGGAGUUGUUUCCGUGGCCUGUGGCGACAUUCAUGCCGCCGCACUCACCGACAAGGGCCAGCUCUACAUGUGGGGAUCGAGCGAGGCCGGACGACUCGGCGACGGGCGCAGCACCGAGGGUGUGACGCGUACGCCCAAGCUCGUUCCCGCAUUCGCCGACAUCCACCAGGCCCGUUGCCUCGGCGUCUCGAUCGGCCCCCGCCACGCUCUCGCCAUCUCCAGCACGUCGUCGAGCCUGCCCAAGACCAUCGGGGCCGCGCUGGACAGUCCCGACUUUGCUGACGUGUCCUUCAUGCUGGAGGACCGCUACACCGUACGCACUGAGAUCAAGGUGAAGAAGGUGACCCUCGAGACGUUCAAGCGGCUGUUGGAGUUCGUCUACCGCGACCACAUCGCUGCAGACAUGACCAAGGGAGUCGCCACCCAGCUGGCUCAGGUGGCCAGGAUGUUCGGUAUGGAGCGGCUGCAGGCCAUGUGCGAGUCCUUCCUCGAGCACGAGGUUGCCGAGGUGCCCAAGUCCCACUUCGUGGAGAACAUGCGGUCGAUCUUCAACGACAAGGAGUCGAGCGACAUCGCCUUCAGCUUCCCCGAGGUCUCGUGGCCCCUUACUUCUGCAAAACGGGCCUUGGAGGAAGAGAAUGGCGAGGACGAAUCGAUGCUCAUCCACGCGCACCGCUCCAUUCUCGGGAUGCGUAGCGAGUACUUCGGGGCAAUGUGGCGUUCGGGAAUGCGCGAGACGACGCAGGCCACGAUCCCCAUCACCUACGCCGAUCGCAAGAGCUUCUACUUCACCAUGGAGUUCAUCUACACUGACAGCAUCACAGAGCAAGCCGGGGCCGAUGUGGACAUCAACACUGGCGUCUCGCUGCUCUCGCUGGCCGAUUUGUUGGAGCUGCCCAGGCUCCGAGAGCUCGCCGAGAAGAAGACCCUCUGCAAGGCCCGCGUCGAAAACUGCGCCACGCUCUACCACAUCGCCAUGCUGCACCGGGCGGAAUUGUUGAAGCGCUACUGCAUGGAGAUCGUCUUCCAGCAGUUCGCCGCGGUCAAGCGCACGUCGGGCUUCGAUGAGCUGCCGCACGACGUGCAGGACACCCUCACCAAGGCCCACGCCUCCUGGUGGAAGAACCGAACAUCGACGCUUUCAUGA